AUGGGAGCUGCCAUAUCCUUACCGCUAAUGCCUAUAUCCUCGCUUGCAUCUUGUUUUGGUGCAGCGGCGUGCUCUGCAUUCUGCACAUCGAUAGGUGGCACUUUCAAGUCGUCAAUCAUGACAAGAAUAACAUAUGCAAUACUAUUGUUGGUGAAUUCGUUAAUAUCGUGGAUUGCGUUGUCACCCUUCAUCAUUCGGAAACUAGAAAAGGCUACUUUUGGGUUUAUUAACAUUAGUUGUGGCCCUGAUGGAAGUCAAUGUAUCAGCUUCACAUCGGUGCACAGAAUCAAUUUUGCCUUGGGAUUGUUGCAUUUGAUUUUAGCGGCGUUGUUAGUGAAUGUGAAAUCAACCGCGAACCCGAGGGCAGUAAUUCAAAACGGAUGUUGGAAAAUGAAGAUUUUUGCCUGGAUGGCAUUCAUUUUCAUCAAUUUCGUAAUGAUUCCUGAUAGUUUUUUUGUCUUUUAUGGAAACCAUAUUGCAAUCGUCUUUUCAACAAUCUUCUUGGGUAUCGGAUUGAUUCUUUUGGUUGACUUUGCCCACGCAUGGGCUGAAAAAUGUUUAGAAAAGAUUGAAAUGGAAGAGUUGACAGGUGAGGGCGAUGCUGGAUUUUGGAAGAAGUUGUUGGUUGGUGGUACUUUGACAAUGUACAUUGGUAGUAUCAUUUUGACUGUCGUUAUGUAUUGGUUUUUUGCAGGCAAAGGAUGUUCAAUGAAUAAAACGGCAAUCAGUUUGAAUUUGGUUUUCGCUACGAUUAUAUCGGCAUUGUCUAUACACAAUACAGUACAGGAAUACAACCCACACGCUGGUUUGGCACAGUCGUCAAUGGUUGUGUUUUAUUGUACAUACUUGGUCAUGAGUGCAGUUGCCUCUGAACCCGAUGACAAAUAUUGCAACCCAUUGGUUAGAUCAAAGGGAACAAGGACGGCAAGUGUUGUGUUGGGUGCAUUCUUUACAUUUAUAGCCGUUGCAUACACCACAACAAGAGCAGCAGCAAAUUCUGCAUUCAGCUCAGAAUCAGCUGAAGAUUUUGUGACCCCAGGCACCACAACGACUCAACCGGGAGCUAGAAGUGAAAUGAGAUACCAAGCUCUUAAACAAGCAGUAGACGAAGGAUCGCUCCCUGAGAGUGCAUUGAACCAAGUGGACUUGUAUGAAGAUGAAGAAGUGAACGACGAGGAAAGAUCAACUGUAAAGUACAAUUACUCGUUGUUCCACAUCAUUUUCUUUUUGGCUACUCAAUAUGUGGCUACAUUAUUGACAAUCAACGUCAAGCAAGAUGACUAUGGUGAUUUUGUCCCCGUAGGAAGAACCUAUUUUGCAAGUUGGGUCAAAAUUGUUAGCUCGUGGGUGUGUUUUAUUUUGUACGGUUGGAGUUUGGUUGCCCCUGUCAUUUGGCCAGAUAGAUUUGGUGUACAGUUGUAG